ACCGGUCUUUAAAUCGAAAGCGGGGAAAAACCAUUGUGAUAUUCGGAAUCAGCACGUUCGAUUACCCAUUGUCAACUGAGUUUCAGCUCAAAAGCGAGGAGGCAGUUGGUGGCCUUCCCUCGUUAGUUGAUUUUGAGUACUUGAACAUGUAUCAGUCUUCUUUCUAAUGUUGAACAAUACGAUCAACCAUUUUUACACAAAUGCAGUCUAAUUUUGAGGCUCGAAUUCCUUCUGCAGUUCCUCCCAACGAUCGAGAAAUCUAUAUGUCAAUAGAGGAUUUGUCACUCUUAAGUCUAUCUAUCCUUAGAACACAUUUAUCUACAUAACAUAAAAAGACUAACUAUAGAAAGUAGACUCUACUAUCAACUUUACUUCAAACAGUAUUUUCUGUGCCAGAUGAAUCUCAGUGAUACCAACUCUCACACAAAUUUUUUGCGGCAUAAAUGAUAUAUGCAGGUAGAAUAGUGUAUUCUGUGCCACAUGGGCACAUUGUUUGAAGUAAAGGUGGAACUAGAGUCUACUUUCUAUGGUUAGUCAUUCUAUGUUAGGUAGAUAAAUAUAUCCUAACGAUAGACUUAAUAGUGACAAAUCCUCUAGUGAUAUGUAGAAUUCUCGAUCGUUGGGAGAAACUGCAGAAGGAAUUCGAGCCUCAAAAUUAGACUGCAUUUGUGUAAAAAUGGUUGAUCGUAUUAUUCAACAUUAGAAAGAAGACUGAUGUAUGUUCAAGUAUUCAAAAUCAACUAAGAUGGUUCACACUCAUAGCCCAGACUGUUUUGAACAACUAUUAUUUCAAGAAUGUCAUAAUUUUGAGCUUUGGAUAGCGCGAAAUACUUUUUUUCUGAAUGCCUCCAGUGAUGAAGAACUUCGCAUUUUAAUGACUUUUCCUUUUGUCAAGAAAUAACGGGCAUGCAGAUAUCAAGAAAAGAUAAAGAUACGCUAAAAGGAAAAACUGUAUUUUCACUGGUAACAAGAAAAGAGAACGAGACAACGAAAGACCAUUGUAUAGAGUGAAUGUGCCUAAAUAAAACGAAAAAAUCGGAUAUUAUUUUUAAUUGACUACUGUCCAUACUUGAAAUAUUUUUAUAUAGCCAGAUACCGUAGAAUCUCGAGCGUCGAAUGUUAAAAGAAUUUGAGAGUUUGGUCUAGAAAUGGUCGAGUUAUGACCUCCCGCAUACGACAAAAAUAUAUAUAUACGUCUGAUUUGCAUGAAGCAUAAAGGGGAAUAAGAAAACAAAAGACGAAAUAGACAAACUCCUAUUAUUCGCAGUUUUACUGUCUUUAUGCAACGGAAGCUCAUUCUUUAGUUUGUUCGUUUUCUUUCAUUUCACACGUUCGACUUCAACAUCACAGAAAUGAAACAAGCAACUACAAAGAAAUUGUGCAGUCCAGCUUCCCCAUAGCCCUUCGAAGAACCAGUCUUCUGGAAAACCAGUUUUUCAGAAACUCCAAAAAAUAACCGAAGCCUUUCUUAAUAAUGCAGGAUUGUAGCGCGCAAAUUUCUGAUUAAAAUGCAACAUGCCUCAGCUCUACACGACCUUUCUUUGCAAAGUUAUAGAAUUUAUAAAAAAGUCCUUGUUACUCAUUGUCAGCUCAAAGCUAGAGAAAUAAUUACUAGGACUCUUAUAAAUUCUAUAGCAUUGCAAUGAAAGAUCGUGUAGAGCUGGGGGAUGUUGCAUUUUAAUCAGAAACGUGCGCGCUACAAUCUUUCAUUGUUAAGAGAGGCUUCGGUUAUUUUCUGGAGUUUCUGAAAGUCUUACUUUUCGAAAAUUUGUAAAUUCGCGAUCACUAAGAAAAAAUUGUCACGAACGCAUUUUUCACUUACAAUCGCGACAUGAUACACCGUCCCGUACAAAUCCUGUUGACCGUUCUGUUUUGCUUACGCGCCUGAUAUAAAACUCUUAGUGAUUUUUCGAAUAAUUUUCAGUCUUAUCACAUCUUACGACAUGACUAAAAUAGUCAUGCGUAGUCAGUCGCGUUGCGAGUACGCCAUUCGUCUGCGUUCGCGCUAAAAGUAGCGUGGAAAUUCUUGAAUGAUCGUUUUGUUUUACGCUCUUGUGUAAAUAUGUCUUCAUAUUUGGGAAGAAAAAGUUAUUCUGUACAUAAUUAUUUACGAAAGAAUCCACCAUUAUGUAUUGAUGGCUAUGGCUGUUAUAAAUGUAAACAAAAUGUAAGGAAAAGUUUUCACCUAAGAUCUUACAACAUCUUGAGUGAAAUAUUGAAGGGUCCAGAUUUCUGGCUUGUUUUUUCAAGAUCAUGUGACAUUUAUUGAUCCAAGAUCUUGAGUACAAGUAUUUUCACUAGGAUCGUGAGAGAAGCAAACACCGUUAUAAAUAUAGAGGAAGUAAAAAACUUCUUUUAAACGUUAAAAAAGUCUUUUUUCCAGUUCUACUUUAGAAUCAAAAUGAAUUACAAUAAUAUUAAAACAAUUUUUAUUCUUAUUCAAUUAAUUGGAAUUUAUUAUUCUCAUGUUUUGGGUUAUAAUGAUGAUGAUGGUGAUUCAACAGCAGUAGAAAAACCACAAAAUCAUUCAUUAUCGAAAACGCAAUCAUCAAAUAGAGCAUUGAUAACUGAAAAUAAUACCAUUCAAAAUACCGAAGCCGGGAUACCGAACAGUAAUAAAAUCGGUCGUGGUUUUGACCCACGAGGAUAUAGUCCAUGUAUACGAAAUCAGACCCAGGUGGUUAAUUAUAAAUUUCCAUCAGAAGCACAACAUGUAGUUGAUGCUAUAGAAAAAGAACAUAAAGCAAUUAUAUAUUCAACAGCUAAUGUGGUAAAUUAUGAAUUAACUAUGCAUACGCCAGCUAUGAAAUUAAAUAAAAAUUUUAUUACUACUAUUAAAGAUAUGCCUUGUUGUAAAACUGAUGCUGAAACACAAGCAUAUAUAACAGACAACAUAUUUUCUGCAUUUGGUUUAUAUUAUGUACAAAAAUUACGGUUAAGUGGAAUUACAACUCAAACUCUUACGAUUAGCAAUUCAAGCGUUACCAAGUCGGGAAUGGACAAACAUAGUAUGACAAAUGCAGCAACUAAUGGUUUCAGGAAAUUUUUCAAAUUUGAAUUAGGAGCCACGAAUGCACAUGACAUAGAAAAAAGUCGCGAAACAAUGAAAUCUACUAAAACUGAAUUUCGAAGUAUCUCAGGUGGUGAUCCAGGAAUCGAGUAUCCAGGGUGGAAAAACACUACUGCAUCGAAUCCGGAGAUUGUUACCUUUCGACUAAAACCUAUUACUGAUCUUUUCGUUGCUAAAUAUUUUCCAAAGGAUACAGACAUUAAUGAAAAAUCAAAACUAAUUAAACAAGCAAUGGACACAUAUCUUCGCACACCGAUCAUUUGUUAUAACGGUUGUUCUGGACAUGGUAAAUGUGUUGCCACAGAAAUUUGGGGAUUUGGAAACUGUCAAUGUAAUGUUGGAUGGACAAACUAUGAUUGUUCCAAACAAUCGGAACUCUCUGUUGGAACAUGGUGUGGAUUAUACAAUUCUGUGAUAGGGUAA